GACUUAUCGAAUGGGGCCUGCUCCACCUCUGCCUGUACCGGCCCCACGACCCCCUGCGUGUUGCUGCCGCCUUCCUGCUGUUCUCGCGCCAGGAGCACAUUGGCCGCAUCUCGACCAAGUACAAGGUCAACAACGGGGGCUGCUCCCACCUGUGCCUGGCCCAGCCCGGCAGACGGGGCAUGACUUGUGCCAAAGAAGACCAAGAACGGGGUCUCCUGCAAGAACUACAUCAUCUUCAGCCUGAGGAACAGCUUCGGCCGACUGCUGCCGAACACGACAGACUGCCCGAAUGUGCCGCUUCCAGUGUCCGACAAGAAUAUCCGCGCCGUGGACUAUGAUCCGAUCCCGCAUUACAUUUACUGGAUCGAAGGCAGGAGUCACAGCAUCAAGCGUUCUCUGGCAAGUAGCACAAAGCUUCCUGGGUGAAUCCGUAAGCGUCAACGAUACCGGGGACUCGGAAAAGCCUCGCAACAUUGCCGUGCAUUCUAUGAAGCGUUUGCUCUUCUGGACAGAUGUCGGCAACCAUCAGGCCAUCAUUCGGGCCCGAGUCGAUGGCAAUGAGCGUUUGGAGGCCUACAAGCUGGAAGGAGUCACGGCGCUGGCCCUGGAUCAACAGUCCGAUAUGAUUUACUAUGCCCAGGCAAGCGAAUCGAUGUGAUAGACAUCAAUGGAAAGAACAAGUAAUCAACAUUGCCGCCUAGGGGGAAUUGUGUACUGGCUGGACGACAAGACCGGACUGGAGCGGAUCACUGUCAACGGAGAGCGUCGUUCCGCGGAGCUGCAUCGUCUGUCGCAGUUCACCGACAUCCGGGCCGUGUGGACACCGAAA